CAGUGCUUGAAGCGACCAUUGAGAACAACCAUGACGAAAAGAGAAGUCUUUUAGAAAGGUAACAAUGCAUUUUUCCAUUUGCCGAUUCUCCCUAGAGGUCCGGUAAGGAUCAUCUCUUAUUGAUCUAGUGUUACUACAUGUACAGGAGGAAACUUAAACCAAACUAACUUUAUUUAUACUGGAUAGUUCUAUCAGUUCUAAACUGUUCUUCCUAUAGAGGUCCAGUAAGGAUCAUCUCUUAUUGAUCCAGUGUUACUACAGGUGGAAACCUAAACUAAACUAACUUUAUUUAUACUGGAUAGCUCUAUCAGUUCUAAACUGUUCUCCCUAUAGAGGUCCAGUAAGAGUCAUCUCUUAUUGAUCCAGUGUUACUACAGGAGGAAACCUAAACUAACUAACUUUAUUUAUACUGGAUAGCUCUAUCAGUUCUAAACUGUUUUCCCUAGAGGUCCAGUAUAAGGAUUAUCUCUUAUUGAUCCAGUGUUGCCUCAGGAGGAAACCUAAACUAAACUAACUUUAUUUAUACUGGAUAGCUCUAUAUCAGUUCUAAACUGUUCUUCCUAAAGGUCCAGUAAGGAUCAUCUCUUAUUGAUCCAGUGUUACUACAGAAGGAAGCCCAAACUAAACUAACUUUAUUUAUACUGGAUAGUUCUAUCAGUACUAAAAUGUUCUUCCUAGAGGUCCAGUAAGAAUCAUCUCUUAUUGAUCCAGUGUUACUACAGGAGGAAACCUAAACUAAACUAACUUUAUUGAUACUGGAUAGCUUCUUUUUUCCUUAGAUGCAUAGCGGCCGAGGACAACUGCAAGAAAUAUCAGAAAACUAUCGAACAAUUAAAUAAAAAUAUUGAAGAAUUAAAUUCGGCCAUGAUCGAACUUGGACAGGAAAAUCAAAAUCUGCAAGUUGUUCAAAAUGUUCGAAGUAAUCGCAAGUGGGAGAAGGAUAAUGAGGUCAUGCAGUGCAAUGGCUGUUCAAAGAAGUUCAGUGUUAGCCUUAGGAAGGUAACGUUUCAUUAUUUUUACUCGUGUAUUAAGCGGGCAUUACUAAAAGACGAAUUAUAUUACAGCAGAAAGUUUACUCUUUUAUAAUUAUAAAGAACUACUGUUUAAAAGAACGUCAACAAGCCGGACGAAAGUGCAAAGGGGACGGCUAUUACUGUCGUUCCAAUUGAAGUGUUGCUCAAAUAUUGAUUCAAUACAUUACCUCGGGCUGACCAAUUCAUUUCAUCAAAUUCCUCGAGAUAUUCAUACACUUCCUAGUAUAAUUGUAAACUUCCUGUUGAAUAGUUUGAAUGCACCAAUCACCUUUGUUGUUUCACAGGGAGCAGAGGAGUCGAGUUUAUCUAGUAAAACAAGACAAACACCGUCUUACCUUGUUAUUAAUUGUAGUAUAUUUAAUUGUAGAAAUAUCCCAAUGUUUGCAUUAAAAAUGCAUAUUUAUUCAUCAAAAUUAUCGAAUAUAAACCAAAAUAUGAAUUUCAACGUUAAUAUACUCCGCUGCCUUGAAUUACCGUAGACUUGUAUUUUCCGAAAAGCUAACGAACAAUGGCCGAGAUAUCAACGAAUAAGAAACGAAGAAAGGGAGGAAACAUUGCAGAUCUUUCGUCGCAUGUGCACCGCAACACCCUAUGACGGAAGUGAAUAAAACCGGCCAUUGACCAAUGACGAAGCAGAACUUCAUUUGACAGUUGUAAUUAGUAUUCGAAAAAUUUGAAUCAAUCAUGCAUAAACACGAAACAAUACGUCACUUCCGUCAUAGGGUGUUGCGGUGCACAUCGUACGAAAAUAAUCGAUGAAUAUCGGUCGUCAAAUAUGUAGGUUAAACGACCGUUUAUUGAAAUUUAUUUCCUAAUGUAGUAAGAAUAGAUAAUUUCUAGCUUGCAUACAAAAAAUUAUGUAUUUUUAUGAAAUAUUAAGCAAGUUAUAGCCAUCCUAAAGUAUCACCCCAAUGACUGUUUCCUCCCUUUCUUCGUUUCUUAUUGUUUACUAAGUAUAGCGAAAUGUGAGCCCACAAUAAUCUAGAACAGCGGAGUAUAUUCAUUUGGUGUUCAUGUUACAUGAAGUACGAAUAAAAAAUCAUACAAGGCAUACAAUGUUUAUAAAUUUUAUAUGGUUUCACGACAAUUUCAACGGCUAUAAAUUGUAAAAUAUGCAUUUUUAAUGCACACAUGGGGAUUCUACAAUGAAAGAUAUUACAAUUAACAAGGUAAGACGGCGUUUGUAUUGUUUUACUAGAUAAACUCGACUCCUCUGCUCCCUGUGGUUGUUUGCGCAACUAACCAAUCAUAAAUAGAAAGGAAGUGCCCAGAAAUGAUCAAAUACUUGGAAUUGGCUCUUUCACAGGAAGUGUAUGAAUAUCUCGAGGAACUUGACGAAAUGAAUUGGUCAGCCCGAGGUAAUGUAUUGAAUCAAUAUUUGAGCAACACUUCAAUUGGAACGACAGUAAUAUCAUACUAAUGCAAGAAAAUGAGCAGAAAUGAACAAUUAAAAUCCCACGGGAGUUUUAGUCGUCGCCGUCGCUCUGUUUACAACGGCAAAAUACAGAUUAGGACAAUUAUUUUCAAAUGGGUCCUAGAACUUUUCUCAAUCAUUACAGACCUGAAGCUUCGCGUUCAACGACAAACGUCAGGCAUAGAAAAAUUUUAGGCUAUAAAGCAAUAAAAAGUAAAUGAGCUUGUUGUUUUAUAACUAGAAUGCUUAACUAUUCCUGUGUCAUAUGAAAGAAAAUAUGACACGCAGAAAUCGAACGAAAAUUAUGCCAAGAAAAUUCGGCCUUGCCGUUCUCGCAAACGUGAAGCUUAAAUUCCCUAUUAACACCGUGUUAACAUCAAUCCUUAAACUGUAUUAUUUUUCAUACGAUGGAUAAUAGACGACAAGUUUUCUUCUAUAAGUUCUUUGUACGUUUGCAUGGCGAUAAUACAUAUAAUAGUUUUGUUUGUGGAAACACCACGUAAAUUUAUUACUGCAGUAAUAAAUUUACGUGGUGUUCCACAAACAAAACUAUUAUAAGUUUUCUUCUGUAAUCAUUUGGUUCAACGAGUUUGUUUACCGUCGCCGUUGUGUUUUCGUCGUACGAAGGAAUACGUCCAGUAAAUUGGGCGUGGCACAAAAUUAACUUUCCCAAAUCUUAACUCUCCCAUAUUAUUUUUUGAUAUAACGCUGGAUAUGUUAAUUUAUGUUUUCUUCUUUUCAAAUUUAGCAUCACUGCAGAAAUUGUGGGUUAGUAGUCUACAGUUGUAUUCUUCUUGUAUUCUCAUUAAAUUCUCAAUCAUAUUGCAUUCCCACGGCAGUUUUCUAAGGAUUAAAUUUUCAUCAAAAUUUGUUUCGUCGUAGAUCAAUAUUCUGUGCUGAAUGUACAGCCAAGACAGCGACCGUUGCAGGAACUAAAAAACCUGCGCGAGUUUGUGAACCAUGUUACAAAGAGCUAAACGUUCCUGUUAGGGUGAGUAUAUACAUUGAGAGCUUUCGAAAUCAUUUUAAAGUGUGACUUACCCUAAAUGUAAUUUUUGAAAAACUUUGGGCCUCCUGGGGAACGUCUGCCCCGGGUCCCCGCGCAAAACGUCUGCGAAUUCAGACGUCAUUUCCGACGCUCAUUCUUCGCAAAGACGUCCGCGCUCGCAGAUUACCGCGCAACAGACAUUAGGAUUUGUUGGCCUGGCAUAUCGUCAAGAGUAAUAUUUUUCAAUGAUUGUUUUUCUUCUUUUUUAGUCAUAUUCACUUAAUUCAACGAAUUCUUCAUGAUACACGCCAUCAAUGUAGAGAAUAUUUAUUAAUUCUUGCGUCCAGCGCUACCGUAGACUUUCGUCAAGUCGUUCGUCUUUGUUUUGAAACAACAAAAACGAAGGACUGUGCUUCGACGCUCGAUCAAACUUUGAGGCCUAUCUGGGGCAAGUCCGACUGUGCGAUCGCGUGAUGUGUUGUGGCGCGUGUAUGAAGUGCGAUGUUGAUCUAUCUCGCCAUUUCUCACCAGCUUCGCCUUGAAAUGCAGUCUGAAGUGAAGAAUGCAGGUUGACCCAUUUUAGAUGCGCUGUGGAAACUUGGAUGUGCCGUAUUUUUACCAUCGUACAAAAACAGAAGCCUUAUAAGUACAUAUGACACGACAUUUUCUUGACUGAAAGAACUCUUUAAGCUGCAGUGUAACUUAUUUUUCAGUUUCUUGUUUUUAUGGUUUGUUCUUGAGAUAUUUCAAUUUGUUUGAUAUGUAAAUGAGUGUAAAUAUGUCCGCUAAUUUAUGAUGUCACUUUGGCUGCAAGCUCAACUUGCACUGCCGGUUAUAAAUCUAUCAACUCUAAAAACUGUAGAUAUCAGUUCACGUUUUUCUCCAGUGUUGAAUCACAUUUACCAGUGAGUGUAGUUUGAAAUUAUCAUCUUGGAUGAUAGCAGUGAUAUUCAACCAUUUUGAAAAGCUUGCAACCAAAGUGACGUCAUAAAUUAGCGGACAUAUUUACACUCA